UUGAUUGAUUAAAGCCAUGGUUCUUGAUGGGCUUGUAUCUUCACCAUUAAGGAGACAACAGUGUCUAAAGAAGCAGUGGGAAGAGUUGGGUAGUUGCUCCACCGUUGUUCAGAGGCAUCGCUAUCUCUUGACUGCAUUGGCUCUUCUGGCAUUCCUCUGCACUAUUUAUCUCUACUUUGCUGUCACUUUAGGCGCUAGGCACUCCUCCUGCUAUGGCUUGACCGGUAAAGACAAGGCAAUCUGUCAAUUACCUUUGGUUUAACUCACCCAUGAUUGUUUAGGUAUGUUCAUAUAAAGAUGGGAAAGUUAGUAUUGACACUGCUGCUGGAGUGCUUGGAAGAUAUGAACCACGCCCAGUUACACCCUACAGUUUAUUUCUUGUUUUCUCUGUGACAAAGGGUGUCACUUACGGAAUGAUACAUUGGCUUGUCGACAAAGGGUGAGUAACAACAUUAUAAGCUAGCAAACUUUUUCAUGUAUUCAUUUCACACACCUUGACAUUCUGAAUCGACUUCAAGUAUUACAUAUGAAGUGUAUGAAUUGUCCUUAUUGGACCAAAGCUCAA